AUGGGAAAACUUAUCAUGCAUAUUUUCUGUGUUUGGAUAAGUCUAGUUAAAAUCAUUGGAGUAUUUGCCUCGGACCCUACCACAGACGCGUUUGUGAACAGCACCACAGCCCCUCUGCCGACCCCCACUGAAUGGAUCACAGACUACUCUGACAUUGAAUCCAAGUUUUCGCUGCGCACGGAGGAGAUCCCAGAUGAGGACAUGUGCUACAUAGAACCAGGCAAACCCGAGACCAUCAAAGAAUGCGAAUUCAACAAUGAGACCCAGACCUUCAUCAUCAUUCAUGGAUGGACGGUCACUGGGAUGUAUGAAAGCUGGGUUGCCAAGUUGGUGACGGCCUUGUACGAGCGGGAGCCAAGUGCCAAUGUAAUAGUAGUGGACUGGCUGAACCGUGCCAACCAGCACUACCCCACCUCGGCCGCCCACACCAAACUGGUCGGACGCGAUGUGGCUAAAUUUGUCACCUGGUUGCAAAAUGAGCUGAAUUUGCCCUGGGACAGGAUCUAUCUGCUGGGUUACAGUCUGGGAGCGCAUGUGGCUGGAAUUGCAGGGGCCCUCUCCAAUCACAAAAUCAGCAGGAUCACAGGUUUAGAUCCAGCUGGUCCCACCUUUGAGCAUGCAGAUGACCAGAGCACGCUGUCCAGAGACGAUGCCCUGUUUGUGGAUGUGCUUCACACCAACACUAGAGGCUCUCCAGGGCGUAGCAUUGGCAUCCAGAGGCCCCUGGGUCACAUUGAUAUUUACCCAAAUGGAGGAGCCUUCCAACCAGGCUGUGACAUCCAGAACACCCUGCUGGGAAUCGCAUCGGCUGGGAUCAAGGGACUUCACAACGUGGACCAGCUUGUCAAGUGUUCCCACGAGCGCUCUAUCCACCUCUUCAUCGACUCUCUGGUCAACCUGAACCAGCAGAGCCUGGCGUUCCGCUGUUCCUCCAAAGAUGCCUUCAACAGAGGCCUGUGUCUAAGCUGCCGGAAGAACCGCUGCAACAACCUGGGCUACAACAUCAAUAAGAUCCGAUCAACACGAAGCACAAAAAUGUAUCUGAAGACAAGAGACAUGAUGCCCUACAAAGUCUUCCACUACCAGGUCAAAGUUCACUUCUUCAGCAAAGACGAACUUAGCUUCACAGAACAGCCUCUAAAGAUUUCACUGUACGGCACGCACGGAGAGAAGGAAGACAUCGCGUUUGUGCUCCCAGUCCUAAACUGGAACUCCACUCAAUCCUUUCUCCUCACAACGGACACGGACAUCGGAGAGCUGAUGAUAGUCAAACUGCGCUGGGAGAAGGACGCCAUCCUCAGCUGGUCGGACUGGUGGGGCAGCAGCAAGUUCCACAUACGCAAACUACGAAUCAAAUCCGGAGAGAGACAGUCAAAAGUGAUCUUCAGCUCAAAAGAUGGCGAGUUCGCUUACCUCACUCGGGGAGGAGAGGAUGCUGUUUUUGUCAAGUCAAAGGAAGACAACCUCAGCCGCAAAGAAAAGCUGUUGCAUAAACUGAAAACAGAAGGCAGUCUGUUUGGGAAAGACGCCUCAUAA